AGCAGUAGUAGUCAGCUGGCACAUAGACACUUGAUAGCUGCUAGCCUUCGUCGUCGUCGUCGUCAUUGACGUCGUUCGUUCCUCGGAGCCAUCAUCGCCGCACCACCGACGACGUCGAGCACACGCCAGCCCUGGUUCCUGCUCUCCACAACACACAACAGCAGCAGACCACCUGACCACCGUUCCCAAUGUCCCACAGCCCACACAGACAACAACCAGCACAUCGUAAAUCGAGUGUGGCCGACAUGGCCAUGGCCUCCUCGCGCUCCUCGACAACAAUCAGCCGUGCACACUCGAUCGCGUCCCUCCCAUCGCUAUCCCCAUCCAGCAUGGCGCCAGCUCCCCGCCGCCCCUCCCCAAGGCGCGCACACUUCUGGGUCGCCGACGAGGACGACUCGGAGGCCCGUGAACGGGACAGAGCCAUCGCACAGCUGUCCUCCGUCGCACGCGGGCGCGCAACGUCGAUCUCGGACCUCGCAUGGACCGCAAGCUCGGACCGCCUCUCGCCACUCGCCCUCCCCCCGCACUCGUCGCACAACGGGAAGCGGCCCAGCCUGCUGCUUCCCCCGCCAGAAAAGGUGGCGUUCACAGGCGAGGACAAGGAGCAGCUCGAGUGGGCGUGCGCUGGCGCCCAGGCGGCGGCCGCCACGGCGCGGGGAGCGCAGCAGCGCCUCCGGCGCCUUGUCGUCGUCUCGGCGCUGACCGCCGCGCUGUACUUUGCGUUCCUGCUGCUCGCGACGCGGAGUGGGCCGACCGACACGCGCCUGACGGACCUGUUCGUGUGGACGAGCACGCCGUUCGACCGCUGGGUGCGUGUCGAGCAGCGCGAGGCGUGGGCGCGGACGCUGGACAAUAUCGGCGCCGCGGCAGGCGCGAGCGACGGCGUGGUCAUUGCCAGCCCGAGCAAGGGCGAGACGCCCGACGUGCCAAACUACUUCUACACGUGGACGCGCGACUCGGCGCUCACCAUCUCGUCGCUGCUGCCCGCGCUCGUGCCAGAGGCGUACCUCCGCCCCUGGGAGGACGGGAACACGACGGCCGCGUGCCGCGAGAACCGCACCAACCCGCCGUUCGAGGACGUGCUCAGGAGCUACGUCAAGGCCGAGGAGAUGAUCCAGGCGCAGACCAACCCGUCGGGUGAUCUCUGGACGGGCGGCCUGUCCGAGCCAAAGUUCAACACCGACUACAGCCCGUUCACGGGCGACUGGGGCAGACCACAACGCGACGGCCCGGCGUUGCGUGCGCUGUCGCUUAUCCCGUACGCCAACUUUUUGCUCGACCGCGACGCGCCGGGAGACUUUGACUACGUCACGACGCACUUGUACAACCCCAAGGCGUACAGAGUGGCGGCGCGGAGCGUGAUUAAGAAUGACCUUGAGGAGGUGUCCAACACGUGGAACCGGCCUGGUUUCGACCUGUGGGAGGAGCUCAACAGAUACCACCUCUGGGGCGAGGCAGCCACGCGCCGCGCACUGCAAGCCGGUGCCAAGCUCGCCUACCGCCUUGGCGACCGUGGCGCCGGCGCGUUCUACACUUCCCAGGCCAGCUUGAUCGAGGGCGGACUCACACGCUACUUCUCCACCUGGGACCAGGUGUGGCUCGCCAACUUCCCGCAGAGCCGUUCCCGCAGCGGACUGGACAGCGCCACGCUGCUCACUGCCAUCCACGCGGGCAGCCGGGGCGUCGACGACGAGCCGUACGAGCUGUCGCCUGCGCACGCGACCGUCCUCGGCACCGUCCAGGCGUACAUCAAGUCGUUUGACGGCCUGUACGAAGUCAACGCGGGCAAGAACUGGACGGACGGCUGGCUCGUGGGCCGGUACUCUGAGGACGUGUACGACGGCGUGGGCGAGAGCCAGGGCAACCCAUGGUUCAUCUGCACGCACUCUGUCGCGCACGUGCUCUUCCUCGCGCACAACGCGUUCUUGGACGCGGGGCGGAUUCCGCUCGACUCGCACAGCCAGAGCUUCUGGGCUGACCUGCUUGGCGGUGCGAGCGUGCCGUCCGAGGGCAGCUGGGACGCCGGCUCGGCCGAGUUUGCGACCGCGACCAGCCGGCUCGGCGACGCGGCCGAGGCGUUCAUGACCAAGGCGUCGCUGCACGUCGCCAAGGGGCGCAUGAGCGAGCAGAUUGACCGGGUCACGGGCGCGCAGCGUGGCGCGCACGACCUGACGUGGUCAUACGCUUCGUUCCUUGACCUCGCGCGGGCGAGGGAGAGGGCAAAGGCGAAGCGGCGGGUGGUGUAGCCGAGUGGAGUGGAGUGGGGCGGUAGACAUGGCAUCUGGCAUGGCAUGGCAUGGCAUUGUACAUUUUGCAAAGAGACAUGAUACGGAGG